AUGAAAUUCACAAUCUCCUUUCUUACUACAAUUCUUCCAAUAGUCUCUGCGAUCCGUAUUGAGGUGUCAGAGACAUGUGGCUCGUGUGCUGCUGUUGGUACGACAGUUUGUUGUCCAAUUACAAAUUUACUCAUCGAUGGUAAACAAUGCGCAGGCUAUUAUGGUGCUGCUAGUGCUGGACCAAUUUUCUCUCACAAGGAGAAUUUGCCAUUAGAACUUCUGAACAAAGGGUGCCCCUGGAGAGACGGUAAAAUGUGGAUUGACGAUGAUAAUAACAUUCAUGUUAUUGACAAUGAUGGAAAUGACCAUUCAUGUGCGCUUCAAGGUGAUUGUGGUCACAACGUCCCACCAUUUCCUAUGCUUGGAGGGGGGCUGGCUCUGCUCCCAGAUUCUGCAGGAGUUUGCGGGUGUGAUGCCGAUUGA